AAAGUGCAGACGGAGAACUGGCUCGAACCAGAUUUCUUUAACCCCUUUCCUAGACCCGUCCCUGCCUGUCGGGGACCGGGUGUUCAUGAAUGCGAGCUUGUAUCAAACAGAGUAUGAAUCAGUGCGCGUUUGCGGACACAUGCACGUGAAUGUGUAGGGAAGUGCUGUAGUUCAUUGAAGGCUGCGCGCGACAGCAGCCGGUUUUGAUUCCAGCAGGGACAGAAAAGCCGGUCAAGCGAAGGAAUACCGUACUUCCGUCUGACGCUACACACAGGUCAUGGCACUGUGUGGAUUAAAGGGUCCACGUUUCUUGGGGCCCAAUGUGUACCCAGAAGCCCCUGAUGGAGGCUGGGGAUGGGUGGUGGCUGUGGCCUUCUUCUUGGUGGAGGUUUUCACUUAUGGUACCAUCAAGAUAUUUGGUAUCUUUCUUCAGGAUCUAAUGGAGGAGUUUGGAGAGACCAACAGUCGGGUCUCCUGGAUCAUUUCCAUCUGCGUGUUUGUCAUGACCUUUAAUGGUCCUCUCUCCUCUGUGAUGACUAACCGCUUUGGGUUCCAACUGGUUGUUAUGAUUGGGGGAUUACUUAUUGCCGCUGGGACCAUUGCAACCAGCUUUACCAACUCCAUCAAUCAAAUGUACAUCACCUAUGGAUUAGUUGCAGGUCUGGGAUACUGUCUGACCUUCCUGCCCACUGUGACCAUCCUCUCCCAGUACUUCUCUCGCCGACGGUCUUUGGUCACAGCUGUGGCUUCCACUGGAGAGUCCCUGUCCAUGUUUGCCCUAGCCCCAGCUUUUUCUGCAUUAAGAGACCAUAUUGGCUGGCGACAUACCAUGGCAGUGAUAGGAGCUCUGCAAAGCACCAUCAUCAUCUGUGGUACUCUGCUUCGGCCAAUCAUUAUCAAACCCAGAGCGACCCCUGAGACAGAGACUGACGGAUCGUCCCAAAAGGAACUGGAAGCUCUCAGUACACCAGAGAAUGUAGAAGGCACAAAUCCAGAGGACUCUAUAAUAAACAAUACCUCAUAUGCACAAAAUACCUCCCACAGUCUGGACAAUGAGCUAAGCAGAGGCUCUGUGAGCACGGGAGACUCUGGUGUCCAGUCUCUAAAGGACACAGACAACAUCAGCUCAGAGGAGAAGACUUUACUGCACAAAGAAGCAGGGAAAUCUGUGGAAAACAGUAUGGCAGAGGUUAUAGAAACUGAAACCGGGGAUAAAAGGAAUGGAAAUACAGAGAAACAAGUGAUAAAUGAGGAUGAGGAAAUGAAAUUAGGUGAUCAAAAGCCAUCCACGAAGAACUCAAAACUUCUAGACUUCUCUAUCCUCAGAGAGUGCAACUUCAUUCUCUAUUCUCUGUUCGGACUGUUUGCCACGCUCGGUUUCUUCGCCCCUCAACUCUACAUCAUCGAGCUGAGUGUGAGUCGAGGUGUGGAGCGGGACCGCGCCACCUACAUGCUCUCCACCAUGGCUGUGGCUGAAAUCCUUGGCCGAUUUUGCAUUGGGUGGAUCCUGAACCGGGAGCAGUUCAGGAAGAAGAAGCUGCUGGUGCUUCUGGCAUGUGUGAUUGCAAUGACUGCUGAUCUGGUUGGAUUUACUUUGGUCACGGAGUUCUACGGGCUAGCUGUGUGCUGCACAUUGUAUGGGUUCUUCAUGGGAACCCUAGCAUGUACCCACAUCCCCAUGCUGGCGGAGGAUGACGUGGUGGGCAUAGAGAGGAUGUCUUCAGCUGCUGGUGUCUAUGUGUUCAUACAGAGCUUUGCUGGGCUGGCUGGACCCCCACUUGGAGGUGUGCUGGUGGAUGUGACUGAGAACUAUGGAUCAGCCUUCUACUCCUGUGCAGUCGGCAUGGGCGUUAGUGCAUUGUUCUUGGGUUUGGUGAAACCUGCUAAGAAAGGAUUACUGUGUAGGAAGAAGGACUAUAAACUCCCUGAAGGCGAACAUAAAAGAGAAGGGGACUCCGAGGAACGGACUACAGUGCAUAAACCGGACGAAAGAACUGACCGUUCUUUGGACUGCUCUGAAGUGGACGACCUGGCAGAGACCACAAGAGAUGUGCAGGUUAUACGUUUUGCUUGAUCUGAUGAAAAUGAUCUGAAAGUGUUAAGCAAUAUUAGGGUAAAAUGCUGAAGACUACAGCUGGCAAGAUUAAUACAAGGAAACUGAACAUUAAUGCAAUAAAGAGAAAGACCAAAAAUGUUUAUGAUCUGCCAUUGUAGAUCUGUCCUCUGAGACCAAUCUUUAGAACUUUUACAUCACAGUAUUUAUGUAGCAAUUGUGCCUCGCAUACCUAAAGUAUCAAACUGUUUUUUUUUCUAGAGUCGAAAGGUAGGCCUAUACUAUGAAAUGAGCUUUAAGUGAGUGAAGCUUUUGAUGUAGUCUUGCCUUAAUGGACAAUAGUGUGUGAUAAAGUAUGGACAUGUUGAAAAUGGACCACAAGUGAUGCAGCGUUAAUAGAGGUGCCUUGGUUUUAAAUAUUUCAGAAACACGACUUAUUGUUACACUGACACUUGAUGAACUAAUUACCUGCUGGCAAUCAAUGUACCAUAAUUAAUAGCCAGAACAACUGUGAUGCAAAUUUAGCUGCAAGAACAAUAAUUUGCACAGAUUCUGUAACACAUGUUAUAGAAAAUACAUAAAGCUCAGGAGAUGUGAUUAAAAGUGUUUCUUUUUUUAAACAAAAUGUCACCGAGCUGACUAUUGCACUACGUGAUAUGAGAUACCACACUCAAAUCUAUUUUUGUAAAGAAAAUGUGUUAAAUCACAAUAAAGCAACAUAGUGAUUUGAACCACUCAAUAAUGUUUAUGCGUUUUAUUUAUGUAAACUCCAACCUUAAACCAACUCAUUCAACUAUUUUUGUAGUUAUCACAUAAUUAUGGCAAAUGUUUUAAUACACUUUCACAUUACAAAUAUUGUGUGUACAUAUUGCAUCUUUAAUUUAGAUUUAAAACAUACUUACCUGUACUCAGCAUUCAUUCUGCCUUAUUAAGUAAUCAAACAGUAGCAGAAAUGUUAAGCACAUCUUUUUAAAUCUUAUCUUAAAUAGGUCAGAGCUGUUUGGUUUCUUUCCUGAAUAUAUCCUGAUUUAUGGACAACUACUAUAGUUCAUAUUUUUCCACCAGCAUGUCCAGACACCUGCAGUAGGUUUUGGAAAGUGGAACCCAUCCUGACAUGCAGAGGCCUCCUCUGGUCUGGAUGUUUGACUCUGAUCCCCCUCCAUCCAGAUCAGUAAGGUCUGUUGACCACAGAGCACAAAGACAUAACAUAAAUAUACAAUAUCUGAUCGUGUCUGUGCAUUAAUCUGUAAUCAGAUCUUUUACUAAGGCUUCCUCAUGGGUGAAAAAUGUCUUAAAUUACUUAAAAUCUGUAAGUCUUUCUUUGUUAUAUUGAAGAGCAGCUCCUUUUAAUACAUGUCAUCUACCUUUAAAUAUUUCCAAUUUGUGUCAAUCAUUCUUACAUAAUUGGCUUUAGGUUUGACUAAAACAUGAUGAUUCAGAAAAGAAAAAAAGCUUUCUUGUAAACACCACAACAAAUUAUUUCAGUGUAAUGAAGUUACCAUAUUAAUAAGUACUGGUAAUGUUCAAAACUAAAUAAAUGAGAAAAACAUGCUGGAAUUGAAAUAUACUUAAUUAUGGUUAAAAAUCAUCUUGUCAUUGUGAAUGAAUGUCAUGAAGGUGCUGUCUUAAUCAGGACGUCUAUGCUGUUCUCAUCUAAACACCAGAGCAAUACUGUACUGUAUGUGACUGUCUACUGUA